AUGCUUGCAGUUGUAAUCUUAUACGAAUAUAAUGUCAGAUGUCUCAUUUUACAGUUAAUCAUCAAUGAAUACUCCAUGAGGCUGGUCCGAGAGGAGCAAGGCAAGCAACCACAGCAAUUCAGGGAACGAAGAAGAAGAAAGGGAAAGAAGGAGCAAAAAUCAGUUCAUCAAUUUCAACAACAAAAAGUGGGUUCAAUGGAGGUGAAAAAAGUUAAAAAACGCAUCUUCUUCACCGUAUCUCCGUUGCCUGUUGUCUGUCCCUUUCUUCACCCGCUGUGUACUUUUCGAAACUUACCUCUCACCAGAUCCGUCGCUCUCUUCUUCCAAAUCCUUAACCCUACAUCUACACCUACUUCAUCGCCAUCAGUAAAUGCAGCAGUCUUCGAGUAUUCUUCAGAAUUCUUAGAAAUUUUCACCGGAUAA